UCUCCGACGAAACAUCUUUAAACCAUUCUUUUCAGCCUGCACAUCUUUUAUCAUCUACGAGAAUGGAAAUGAAGCAAUUUUUCGUUAAAAAAUUUCUUUGAUGAAAUGAAGAUAUUGCUAUUUUAUUGGUGAAGGGUAGAGCCCAUUAAUUACAUAUGCUGUAUUUGCAGAAAGAUAUAAAUGAAUCAUAAAAUGUUAGUGUUAACAGUUCUGAUAUGUAUGAUAAUAUACCAUGGAAUAUAUCUGUAGAUUAUAUGUUCGAAGUUCUUCCCUCCGUUGUGAUCAGAUAAAGUGGCGUUUUUUUUUCUUCUAGUAUAUAAUCUGAUAAACGGAUUGUUUGUUGUGAAAUUUUUUUUUAUAAAUUUUGGAUAAGUUAAGAUUUACGCAUUAAAAUGUCACAUUCAAGAUGGAACACACGUCCUGGCAGUGCAGAUUUUGCUCGAUUGUACUACAGCGUAUCUUGAUCAUUAAACAUUGAACGGUUACCUUUAAACAAUCAUUUUUAAAGAUGAUAUUAGUAAAGAACGCUGUAAGUUAAAAAAAUGUUAACGACGGAAUAAAAUGUUAUGAAAUAAUUUGUUAAAAUUCAAUGCAGAUGCUUUUAUUUAUUAACAGCUGAAAUUUAAUGCAAGUUUAUUGACUACUUUGCAAGCCAAAUUGAUCAGUAAUUUUAAUCAAAUUUGUUGAAAAUAUGAAAAUUUUAAUUAAAAAGAUUUUAGUUUUGCACGGAAGUGGUAGAUUUCAGUGUUUAUUGCUAAACAUUUCAGUCCAUUAUUAGUUAAUACACCAGGUGAUUUUGUUUUUUGGAAUUUAUUGAAAAUAGGUUCAUAUUUGUGGAUUAAUAAAAAGAAGUUUUAAGGCAGAUUGAUUGUAAAGAUAUACUAAGUCAAGAAGUCUUCCUCGGGAAAUAUUGCAGUAACAAUUCAGGCAUCUGAUUCCAAAGUAUUUUAAAUUUAGUAAAAUACUGAAUUUAUAUGCCACUUUUUUUUAACUCAACGGGCUUUUAUGUUACAAAUUUACAAAACAGAAUUGCGACUUUCAGAGACAAUGGAAUAACGCUUUUUAUUAAAAUAAGAAAUGAAUGUAAUCUAUCUAGGAUUUUUAUCAACUUUUUUACUAACAACAUGUAACCAUGUGAUAUGUCACAAAAGGAAAUCUUCAAAGGAACAGGUUUGUUAAACAAAUGUCUUCACAAUGUCAUAGGUGCUUCAAAUUCAGGCAAACAGAAUUUUGCCGAAAUAUUUUAUUUUUAUACAACAAAUUAAGAAUAUACGAUUUCUAUGGGAACAGUAAUUUUUUCAUUUGAAUACAGUUGAAGUUUAAUGAUAGCCAGAUUUUUGCUGUAAGAUUAUGAAGUUGCUUGUGAAAUCUUGUGGAACAAAAUAAAUCUUGUUUCUUAUAUUUUGGCGUGCUCAUGUGUGAUAUUCCGAUAUGGAUGAUCAGGAAAAUUUAAUGCGAAUGUCAAGUUAUGAUGAAGAAGUUUUGCUGCAUGGAUUCGGUCUAGUCAAUUAUUUACAAAAUAAAGAAUGUGUGGUAAAUGAGGUUGAUGUAGGACAGCCAUGUUUGGCAUGUGAAGACAAAUGUAGUGGGUUCAAGCAGCAUGAAUGGAGGAGUACUUGCUCAGUUUGUCGAUGUCCCAGAGAACUUCACGACAUUUACAAUGAGAACUUUGUCAAUGUUCGAGACAGACUGGGCUGGCAUAGAGAAGAUGACCCGCAAUCACAGUCAACGAAAGAACAAACAUUACGAGAGGGAUAUUCCUGGGUUCCCUCAGCUUUAAACAGUGAAGAGAUUGAAGAGUACAUGGAACAGUUACCCAAUCACAAAGUUCCACGAUUAGGAUCACCUGGUGAGAAGUACAGGGACAUUCAACUAAUAUACCAACUUCCAAAACAAGAUCUCUCCAGUGACUUCUGCAAGAUGUUAGAUGGUCCAAUGGAAGUGAAGGAGUUCAAGGUGUUUAGGGAACUGAGAGAUAACAUUGCCAUGGAUUUAGGUGUUGUCAAACCUGCUCAAAAAACAACAAGUUGUUUUAACUGCGGUGGUGAGAUCGAGAAAGGUGAGCAGGUCGUCCUAACUGGUAAACUUAGUGCUGACGUAUGUUUCCAUCCGGCUUGUUUCACGUGCUCCACGUGCGAAGAACUGUUAGUAGACAUGACCUACUGCCAGCAUUCCAGAAAACUUUACUGUGAACGACAUUACGCGGAAUUGAUAAGACCACGUUGUCCUGCAUGUGAUGAAGUAAGUUAGCAUGAUAAAUUAUUGUCAG